CUGAUCCAUGAGCUUAUGGCACAGGGCUGGGCUGGUGUGUCAUCCCCAGGGGCGGGGAAGGGAAAGGUUUUAAACGCGCUCCAGUCCCAGGCAGGAAGCAGUGGUGAAAGCAGCGGGACUGCGGGCACCUGCUGGGCGAACCCGUCCUGCGACCACCGUGGGCAGAAAGCUGUGGAAGGGGUGUGCAGAGGAAGGAUGGCGAGCAAGCCAGCAGUGAAUGGCCAUGCUGCCCCCAUCUCUCACCAGGAAGAUGUGCCAGAAGCAAACCACUUCUGCCAGGGCACACUGCCUUGGAAACAGAAGACAGCAGCUGGCAGGGAUGUGGCAGCAAUGGAUGCUGCUAGUGAGCCUUCAGAGGCACCUGGCAGCAUUGCUGGAGUGUAUGUAGAGGCUUUGAAGAAGAUAAUGAGCUUUUAUGAUGCCACCAGAGAGCAUCUUCUGAGUUUGGAUCCGGCACUCUUUCUUCUGGAAGCCCAGGCAGCCAUGGGCUUCAUUGCUGACCCAGUGAAGAACAGGCAUGUCUCCAUAGCAGAAGCUGUACACCUGGGGUUGGUGGGGCUGGAGCUGAAGGAGAAGCUGCUCUCUGCAGAGAAAGCUGCCACUGGCUUUGUGGAUCCCUACACAGAAGAGAAAAUCUCCCUCUACCAGGCAAUCCAGAAGGACCUGAUUGGGAGAGAGCAAGGAGCCCGGCUGCUAGAGGCCCAGAUGGCAACCGGAGGCAUCAUUGACCCAGCCACAGGCUGCCGGCUCCCAGCAGAUGUUGCCUGUGAGAGGGGCUAUUUAGAUGAAGAGAUGAGGCAGCUCUUCUCUGACCCCAGCAACGAGGACAGCAAAGGGUUCCUCGACCCCAGUACUAUGGAGAGGGUCACCUACAUGGAGCUUAUAAAGAGGUGUGUUGUUGAUCCAGCCUCAGGCUUCCUCCUCUUGCCCCUGCAAAUCACAUUCGCAGGGCUGGGAGGAAGGAUGAGCAGCAGGGAUCUGCUGGAGGCUGGCAUCAUCAGCCCUGACACGUUCAGAGGUCUUGAGGAGGGAAGAGUUUCUGCCCAGGAGGUAGCAGAGAGUGACUCUGUCCAGCAGUUCCUACGUGGGACAAGGAGCAUAGCUGGUGUUGUCCUGCCUUCCAGUGAGCGGAAAAGCCUUUACCAGGCCCUGAGAGAGCACCUCCUCCUGCCUGGCACUGCUCUGACACUCCUGCAAGUCCAGGCCUCCACUGGCAGCCUGACAGACCCCAUAAAGAACAAAACCUUCUCUGUUGAUGAGGCUGUCAGGACUGGUCUCAUUGGCCCAGAGCUUCAUGAGAAACUGUCUUCAGCUGAGGGGACCAUCACCGGGUACAGGGACCCCUACACUGGGGAAAUGCUCUCCCUGUUCCAAGCCAUCAGGAAGGCCUUCAUCCCCAGGGACCACGGCAUUUGCCUUCUGGAGGCUCAGAUGGCUACAGGGGGCAUCAUUGCUCCGGGCCGGCACUUCCGUGUCCCCACAGAGACAGCUUGCAAGUGGGGAUACUUGGAUGAGACCACAAGACAGCUCCUCUCCAGUCCUGCUGAUGAAAUGAAAGGGUUCUUUGACCCCAGCUCCAAGGAGAAGCUGACCUAUGCAGACCUGCUAAAGCGAUGUGUCACUGAUCCCAACACAGGGCUCCUUCUGCUGCCACUUAGUGGAGACAGCGGAGAAGGACCCAAGGGAACCCCCGUCUUCUUUGACUACAAGACUCAAACGGAUCUGGAAAACACAAAGGUACCCAUUACUUUAGGCAAAUUCAAAGGAAAAUCAGUGUCUCUCUGGAAACUCCUCUUCUCAGACUACAUCCAGAGUGAGCAAAGAGCUGCUCUCACCCAGCAGUACCUUUCAGGAAUGCUCUCUACACAACAAUUGGCCAAGGCAGUCAGUGUCACCAUUGAAGAAAUGGCUUCCACUGCUAAUGUCACCUUUGAAGGACUGAGAGGUCACGUGACAGCUGACCAGCUCCUGAGCUCUGAAAUCAUCAACAAAGAUUUGUUUAAGAAACUGAAGGAAGGAGAAACAUCAGCCAAAGAAGUUGUCAGCAUGGACACUGUCAAGAAGUACCUGCAAGGGACAGGUAGCAUUGCUGGGUUGCUGCUUCCUGACUCCCAGGAGAAGAUGAGCAUCUACCAGGCAAAGAGGAAAGGAUUUUUACGGCCAGGAACAUCACUGAUCCUCCUGGAGGCACAGGCUGCCACUGGAUUUAUCAUUGACCCAGCUGCCAACAAAAGGUAUUCUGUAGAUGAGGCUUUACAAGCAAAUGUCAUUGGCCCAGAUGUUUAUGACAAGCUACUGACUGCAGAGAAAUCAGUCACUGGCUACAGAGAUCCUUACUCAGGGACCAAGAUCUCCCUUUUCCAGGCCAUGAAGAAGGAGCUCAUCGUCAAGGAGCACGCUAUCCGCCUGCUUGAGGCCCAGAUCGCCACCGGUGGCAUCAUUGACCCUGUCAAUAGCCACCGCAUCCCUGUGGAGGUGGCAUACAAGCGGGGCUACUUUGACAAGAAGAUGAAUGUAAUCCUUUCUGACCCCAGCGAUGACACCAAGGGCUUCUUUGACCCCAACACGCACGAGAACCUCACCUACCUGCAGCUGAAGGAGAAGUGCAUCACAGAGCCGUCCACCGGGCUCUGCCUCCUUCCUUUGAACAGCAGGAAGCACCAGUUCAUUGACGACACCACCAGGCAGCUGUUCAGGAACUCCUGGCUGCCUGUCAGGUUUGGGCGCUUACGUGGGGAGAAGGUCUCUGUGUGGGACCUGCUGAACUCCGAGUACUUCAGUGAGGGGAGGCGCCGAGAAAUCUUCAACCACUACCUGCUGAGGAAGCUCACCCUGGAGCAAAUCCGGAUCAUGCUAGAGGAGGAAAUCAAAAAAUGGGCCCCCAUCAAGUUCCCAGCCAUGAGAGGCAGCAUCAGCGCUUAUCACCUGAUGGAAACGGGCAUCAUUGACAGGUCCCUGUUUGAGAAGGUGUUGGAGGGAUCUGUCACACCAGAGGAAGUCCUGCGCAUGGACUCUGUCAGGAGAUACCUCUAUGGCUCUGGCAGCAUCGGGGGGAUUGUGCUCCAGCCAUCAAACCAGAGGCUAAGCAUUUAUGAGGCCAUGAAACAGAACAUCAUGGUACCUGGAGUAGCCCUACCACUCCUAGAGGCCCAGGCUGCCACAGGCUUUAUCAUUGACCCAGUGAACAACCAGAAACUCUGUGUGGAUGACGCCGUCAAGGAAGGAGUCAUUGGGCCAGAAGUCCAUGAGAAGCUGCAGCAAGCAGAAGGGGCUGUGUCAGGCUAUAAAGAUCCUUUCACAGGCAAGAAGAUACCCCUCUUCCAGGCUAUGAAGAAGGGCCUGAUCACUGACAAACAGGCCAUGCAGCUGAUGGAGGUGCAGAUGGCUACAGGAGGCAUCAUUGACCCAACGUGUGGCCACCAUAUCCCCAUAGAAGCUGCCCAAAAGCGAGGGUGCCUGGACGAGGACACAAGCAAGGCCCUUUCUAAGCCCAAUGACAACAACAGAGCCUUCUGCGUCCCAGACAGCAAAGAGACCGUGACCUACGCUGAGCUCAUCGAGCGCUGCCAGAAGGACGAGAGCUCUGGCUUCCACUUGCUGCCUCUACAACAGACAGCCGUUCCUGUCUACACAGAUGAACAAAUCCAACAGCUUUUCAAGGAAACUGUGGUGAACGAAAAAGGGGUCUCUCUCUGGGAGCUAAUCUACUCUGGGUAUUUCACUGAUGAGCAGAGGAGUGACUUUGUGGAGAGGUUCCGUGCUAAGGAAACAUCGCUGCAGCAGCUGGUAGCUCUUGUGCUCAGACUGGUAAGGGAGAUGGAGAUGAAAGCUUGCACCCACAUCACCUUCCAGGGCUUGCAGGGAAGUGUCCCCGCAGUCUGGUUGCUGGAGGCUGGCAUCAUUACUGAGAAGAUGUUCGAAGAACUAGCUCAGGGCAUAAGAACUCCUGAGGAAGUGGCUGAAAUGGGGAGUGUGAAGAGGUACUUGCAGGGCACAGGCAGCAUAGCCGGGGUAUUCAUACAGGCAUCCAAAAAGAAGAUGAGUUUUUACAAUGCCAUGAAAAACAAUCUCCUCCUCCCUGGGGCUGCUCUGAAGCUGCUAGAAGCUCAGGCAGCCACAGGGUACCUAACUGACCCAGCAACAAGUCAGAGACUCAGUGUGAGGGAUGCUGUGAGAGCAGCUGUUGUUGGUGAGGAGCUCACAGAGAAGCUUCUCCUAGCUGAGAGGGCAGUGACUGGCUACACAGACCCCUACACAGGGAGCUCCAUCUCCCUGUGCCAGGCGGUCAGGAAAGAGCUCAUUCCCCUGGGUGAAGCUGUUCCUUUGCUAGAGGCCCAGCUGGCCACAGGAGGGAUCAUUGAUCCUAUUCACCGCCAUCACCUUCCACUCCAGGCUGCAUACAGGUACGGCUUCUAUGAUGAGGACCUGAACCAAAAUCUCACUCAGCUGAAUGACAACACCAAAAUCUUUUUUGAUCCAAACACAAAGGAGAACGUGACCUACCAGCAGCUGAAGGACAGGUGCAUUUAUGAGGCUGAGACCGGCCUCUGGUUCCUUCCUCUGUCAGAAAAUGUGAUGUUCUGUGUGGAUGAACAAACCAUGGAGAUGCUGAAAUCUGUGACUGUCUGUGUCAACAUAGGACGGUUCAAAGGACAGACAGUGUCAGUCUGGGACCUUCUCAACUCUGAAUACAUCUCAGACAGCAAAAGAAGAGAGCUGGUGCAAAAGUACAAAGAUGAGAAUACUGAAGUGCUACAUGAAAUCAUAAUGAUUGUCAUGAAAAUCAUCAAAGAGACUGAGGUGCAAGGAAAGAAGUUUGCAUUCAAAGGUCUGCGGAAAAGAGUGUCUGCCAGUGAUCUCUUCCAGUCUCAACUGAUAGACAAAAAAACCCUCGAUGAGCUCAACCAGGGGAAGAAAACAGUCAAAGAAGUCACUGAAAUGGACUCUGUCCGCAGAUACUUGGAGGGCAGCAAUUUCAUAGCAGGGGUCCUUAUACAGCCAAGCAAUGAGAAGAUGAGCAUCUACCAGGCCAUGAGGAAGGGCAUCCUGAGGCCGGGGACAGCACUGGUGUUGCUGGAGGCACAGGCUGCUACCGGCUACAUCAUUGACCCAGAGAAAAACAAGAAAUUUUCAGUGGAGGAAGCAUUUAAGGCAGGUCUAAUUGGGUGUGAGAUUUUUGAAAAGCUACUCUGUGCAGAAAGAGCCGUGACAGGCUACAUUGACCCCUACACAAAAGCACCAAUGUCCCUAUUUGAAGCCAUGAACCAAGGACUAAUAGUGAAGAGCCACGGCAUCCGCCUGCUUGAGGCCCAGAUCGCCACUGGCGGCAUCAUCGACCCCGUGCACAGCCACCGCCUCCCUGUGGAAGUGGCUUACAAGCGCGGCUACUUCGAUGAGGAGAUGAACCAGAUCCUCUCUGACCCCAGCGACGACACCAAAGGCUUCUUCGACCCCAACACGCACGAGAACCUCACCUACAUGCAGCUCCUGGAGAGAUGUGUCCAAGAUUCAGAGACUGGGUUGUACAUGCUACAAGUUGUCCAGGAAGGGGGAAAGUACUUCUACAUAGAUGAAUUGACAAAACAGGUUUUGCUCUCAAAGCCCCUUAAAGUGACAGUUGGAAAAUUCAAGGACCAAACAGUUUCUGUCUGGGAAAUUCUCUGUUCCCAUUACAUCUCCGAGCAGAAAAGGAAAGAACUAGUGAAGCAAUAUAAAUGUAAAACUCUAACUCUGGAAAACCUUAUAGCUCUCAUCCUCAAAACAAUUGAGGAUACAGAGCAAAAAGCAGAAGCCCUCAAGGUCAAAGGACUCCGAGGUGAGGUGUCAGUGUCAGAAUUGUUUAACUCCGAGAUAAUUGACAAGAAGACUCUGGAUCAGCUGCAGGAUGGAAGUCUCACGCUUCAUAGCCUCGCAAAGAAGGACAUGGUAAAAAGGUACCUGGAUGGCACCGGAUGUAUCGCAGGAGUUCUACUUCCAUCAAGGAAAGAGACGAUGAGCAUCUACCAGGCCCUGAAGAGGGGUCUGCUCUCAGAGCAAUGUGCACUGGGGCUGCUGGAGGCGCAGGCUGCCACCGGCUUCAUUGUUGAUCCACUGAAAAAUAAGAAGCUCUCCGUGGACGAGGCCGUCUUGGCCAAGUUGGUGGGCAGCGAGCUGCACGAGAAGCUCCUGUCAGCAGAGAAAGCUGUGACAGGAUAUGCAGAUCCCCAGACAGGCACUAAAAUAUCCCUCUUCCAGGCCAUAUUGAAUAAGAUAAUUAUCAAGGAGCAUGGCAUCCGCCUGCUUCAGGCCCAGAUUGCCACUGGUGGCAUCAUCGACCCUGUGCACAGCCACCGCAUCCCUGUGGAGGUGGCCUACCGGAGGGGCUACUUGGAUGGCGAUACGUUUCUCCUACUUUCUGAUCCAGAUCAUGGCAGCAAAGGUUUUAUAGAUCCAAAUACUAAUGAGAAAAUCAGUUACAGUCAGCUCCUGCAAAGAUGUUCCAAAGACAGAGAUACUGGACUGUACCUGCUGCAGGUCACGGAGAAAAAAGAUGACUAUUUCUACAUUGAUGAGCAAACAAAACAAGCCCUAAUAUCUACAAAGGUACAAAUGUCUGUUGGAAAAUACAAAGGGAAUGAAUUAUCACUCUGGGAACUUCUCUGUUCUGAGUACAUCACAGAAGAGAAAAGAAAAGAACUGGUGAAAAAAUAUAAAGAGGAAUCCCACCACAUAAUACAAAGAAUCAUUGAUACAAUACUAAAUAUCAUUAAAGAAAAAGAGGAGGACAGAAGUGAUGUUUGGUUCCAAGGAAUAAGACAACAAAUAACAGCAUCGGAACUUCUCAGUGCAGAGAUAAUCACAGAAGAAACUAUGCAGAAACUCCAGGAAGGAAAAGAAACAGCACAAGAAAUAGCGCAAAAGGAUAAUGUGAGAAGAUACCUUGAGGGAACUGGAAGCAUUGCUGGUGUGCUCGUGCCAUCCAAGGCGGACUCCACUAAGACGGAGAAGAUGAGCAUCUACCAGGCCAUGUGGAAGGGCAUCCUGAGGCCAGGGACAGCACUAGUGCUGCUAGAGGCACAAGCUGCCACAGGCUUCAUCAUAGACCCAGUCAAGAAUAAAAAGAUAUCUGUGGAUGAAGCUGUCAUGUCCGGGCUGGUGGGCAGUGAAUUACAGAAAAAACUUCUUUGCGCAGAAAAAGCUGUGACGGGCUACACCGACCCCUGCACAGGACAAAAGAUGUCCCUCUUCCAGGCCAUGAAGAAGGAGCUCAUCGUCAAGGAGCACGGCAUCCGCCUGCUCGAGGCCCAGAUCGCCACCGGCGGCAUCAUCGACCCCGUGCACAGCCACCGCCUCCCCGUAGAAGCUGCCUACAAGCGCGGCUACUUUGACCAGGAGAUGAACCAGAUCCUCUCCGACCCCAGCGACGACACCAAAGGCUUCUUCGACCCCAACACACACGAGAACCUCACCUACAUGCAGCUCCUGCGACGCUGCGUGCCCGACCCGGACACGGGGCUGCUCAUGCUGCAGCUGAUGGACAAGGGCUCGGUGCUCUACCAGCUGACCGAGGACGCCCGCAAAGCCCUGCAGGCUGCCCGCACCACCGUCAGCGUGGGGCUCUUCCAGGGCCAGAGCGUCACCGUCUGGGAGCUCCUCUUCUCUCGCUACAUCCCCGACCACCGGCGCCAGGACCUCCUGCGGAAGUACAAGGCGGGGACGCUGGCCAUCUCCGAGAUGAUCACCCUCCUCACCGCCAUCAUCACCGGGGCCGAGGGACAGGGCCACGGCGCCACCCUGGCCCGCAAGCCGACGCAGCGGGAGGCCCCACCGCCGGCUGAGAACGGCGAGGCCGCGGGCUCCCGGCGGGAGCGGGAGCGGGAGCAGGAGCGGGAGCAGGAGCUGGAGCUGGAGCGGGCCCUGACGUCCCACACCGUCGAGGUCUCGGCAGGCGGCUUCCACGGCAGGAAGGUCUCCCUGUGGGAGCUCCUCUUCUCCAAGUACGUCUCCGAGGCGAAGAGGCAGGAGCUGCUGGGGAAGGUCCGCGACGGCAGCCUGGCGCUGGACGAGCUGGCGAGGCUCCUCAGCGUCCUCAUCCAGGAGGCGGUGGAGCAGAGCAGCAAGGUGAAAUUCACAGGCCUCAGGCGGCAGGUGACCGCCUCGGACCUGCUGGACUCGGGCAUCAUCGACAAGGACACGCUGGCCGACCUCGUCCAGGGCUCCAAGACGGUGCAGCAGGUGACGGAAAUGGCCUCCGUCAAGCGCUACCUGGACGGCACGGGCUGCAUCGCCGGCGUGCUGGUGCCGUCCAAGGCCGACCCGGCCAAGAUGGAGAAGAUGAGCAUCUACCAGGCCAUGUGGAAGGGCAUCCUGAGGCAGGGCACGGCCCUGGUGCUGCUGGAGGCGCAGGCUGCCACCGGCUUCCUUGUCGACCCGCUCACCAACCAGAAGCUCUCUGUGGACGAGGCCGUCUCGUCCGGGCUGGUGGGCAGCGAGCUGCACGAGAAGCUCCUGUCUGCCGAGAGGGCCGUGACGGGCUACACCGACCCCUACACCGGCGACCAGAUCUCCCUCUUCCAGGCCAUGAAGAAGGAGCUCAUCGUCAAGGAGCACGGCAUCCGCCUGCUCGAGGCCCAGAUCGCCACCGGCGGCAUCAUCGACCCCGUGCACAGCCACCGCCUCCCCGUAGAAGCUGCCUACAAGCGCGGCUACUUUGACCAGGAGAUGAACCAGAUCCUCUCCGACCCCAGCGACGACACCAAAGGCUUCUUCGACCCCAACACACACGAGAACCUCACCUACAUGCAGCUCCUGCGACGCUGCGUGCCCGACCCGGACACGGGGCUGCUCAUGCUGCAGCUGAUGGACAAGGGCUCGGUGCUCUACCAGCUGACCGAGGACGCCCGCAAAGCCCUGCAGGCUGCCCGCACCACCGUCAGCGUGGGGCUCUUCCAGGGCCAGAGCGUCACCGUCUGGGAGCUCCUCUUCUCUCGCUACAUCCCCGACCACCGGCGCCAGGACCUCCUGCGGAAGUACAAGGCGGGGACGCUGGCCAUCUCCGAGAUGAUCACCCUCCUCACCGCCAUCAUCACCGGGGCCGAGGGACAGGGCCACGGCGCCGCCCUGGCCCGCAAGCCGACGCAGCGGGAGGCCCCACCGCCGGCUGAGAACGGCGAGGCCGCGGGCUCCCGGCGGGAGCGGGAGCGGGAGCGGGAGCAGGAGCGGGAGCGGGAGCUGGAGCUGGAGCGGGCCCUGACGUCCCACACCGUCGAGGUCUCGGCAGGCGGCUUCCACGGCAGGAAGGUCUCCCUGUGGGAGCUCCUCUUCUCCAAGUACGUCUCCGAGGCGAAGAGGCAGGAGCUGCUGGGGAAGGUCCGCGACGGCAGCCUGGCGCUGGACGAGCUGGCGAGGCUCCUCAGCGUCCUCAUCCAGGAGGCGGUGGAGCAGAGCAGCAAGGUGAAAUUCACAGGCCUCAGGCGGCAGGUGACCGCCUCGGACCUGCUGGACUCGGGCAUCAUCGACAAGGACACGCUGGCCGACCUCGUCCAGGGCUCCAAGACGGUGCAGCAGGUGACGGAAAUGGCCUCCGUCAAGCGCUACCUGGACGGCACGGGCUGCAUCGCCGGCGUGCUGGUGCCGUCCAAGGCCGACCCGGCCAAGAUGGAGAAGAUGAGCAUCUACCAGGCCAUGUGGAAGGGCAUCCUGAGGCAGGGCACGGCCCUGGUGCUGCUGGAGGCGCAGGCUGCCACCGGCUUCCUCGUCGACCCGCUCACCAACCAGAAGCUCUCUGUGGACGAGGCCGUCUCGUCCGGGCUGGUGGGCAGCGAGCUGCACGAGAAGCUCCUGUCUGCCGAGAGGGCCGUGACGGGCUACACCGACCCCUACACCGGCGACCAGAUCUCCCUCUUCCAGGCCAUGAAGAAGGAGCUCAUCGUCAAGGAGCACGGCAUCCGCCUGCUCGAGGCCCAGAUCGCCACCGGCGGCAUCAUCGACCCCGUGCACAGCCACCGCCUCCCCGUAGAAGCUGCCUACAAGCGUGGCUACUUUGACCAGGAGAUGAACCAGAUCCUCUCCGACCCCAGCGACGACACCAAAGGCUUCUUCGACCCCAACACACACGAGAACCUCACCUACAUGCAGCUCCUGCGACGCUGCGUGCCCGACCCGGACACGGGGCUGCUCAUGCUGCAGCUGAUGGACAAGGGCUCGGUGCUCUACCAGCUGACCGAGGACGCCCGCAAAGCCCUGCAGGCUGCCCGCACCACCGUCAGCGUGGGGCUCUUCCAGGGCCAGAGCGUCACCGUCUGGGAGCUCCUCUUCUCUUGCUACAUCCCCGACCACCGGCGCCAGGACCUCCUGCGGAAGUACAAGGCGGGGACGCUGGCCAUCUCCGAGAUGAUCACCCUCCUCACCGCCAUCAUCACCGGGGCCGAGGGACAGGGCCACAGCGCCGCCCUGGCCCGCAAGCCGACGCAGCGGGAGGCCCCACCGCCGGCUGAGAACGGCGAGGCCGCGGGCUCCCAGCGGGAGCGGGAGCGGGAGCAGGAGCGGGAGCGGGAGCUGGAGCUGGAGCGGGCCCUGACGUCCCACACCGUCGAGGUCUCGGCAGGCGGCUUCCACGGCAGGAAGGUCUCCCUGUGGGAGCUCCUCUUCUCCAAGUACGUCUCCGAGGCGAAGAGGCAGGAGCUGCUGGGGAAGGUCCGCGACGGCAGCCUGGCGCUGGACGAGCUGGCGAGGCUCCUCAGCGUCCUCAUCCAGGAGGCGGUGGAGCAGAGCAGCAAGGUGAAAUUCACAGGCCUCAGGCGGCAGGUGACCGCCUCGGACCUGCUGGACUCGGGCAUCAUCGACAAGGACACGCUGGCCGACCUCGUCCAGGGCUCCAAGACGGUGCAGCAGGUGACGGAAAUGGCCUCCGUCAAGCGCUACCUGGACGGCACGGGCUGCAUCGCCGGCGUGCUGGUGCCGUCCAAGGCCGACCCGGCCAAGAUGGAGAAGAUGAGCAUCUACCAGGCCAUGUGGAAGGGCAUCCUGAGGCAGGGCACGGCCCUGGUGCUGCUGGAGGCGCAGGCUGCCACCGGCUUCCUCGUCGACCCGCUCACCAACCAGAAGCUCUCUGUGGACGAGGCCGUCUCGUCCGGGCUGGUGGGCAGCGAGCUGCACGAGAAGCUCCUGUCUGCCGAGCGGGCCGUGACGGGCUACACCGACCCCUACACCGGCGACCAAAUCUCCCUCUUCCAGGCCAUGAAGAAGGAGCUCAUCGUCAAGGAGCACGGCAUCCGCCUGCUCGAGGCCCAGAUCGCCACCGGCGGCAUCAUCGACCCCGUGCACAGCCACCGCCUCCCCGUAGAAGCUGCCUACAAGCGCGGCUACUUUGACCAGGAGAUGAACCAGAUCCUCUCCGACCCCAGCGACGACACCAAAGGCUUCUUCGACCCCAACACACACGAGAACCUCACCUACAUGCAGCUCCUGCGACGCUGCGUGCCCGACCCGGACACGGGGCUGCUCAUGCUGCAGCUGAUGGACAAGGGCUCGGUGCUCUACCAGCUGACCGAGGACGCCCGCAAAGCCCUGCAGGCUGCCCGCACCACCGUCAGCGUGGGGCUCUUCCAGGGCCAGAGCGUCACCGUCUGGGAGCUCCUCUUCUCUCGCUACAUCCCCGACCACCGGCGCCAGGACCUCCUGCGGAAGUACAAGGCGGGGACGCUGGCCAUCUCCGAGAUGAUCACCCUCCUCACCGCCAUCAUCACCGGGGCCGAGGGACAGGGCCACGGCGCCGCCCUGGCCCGCAAGCCGACGCAGCGGGAGGCCCCACCGCCGGCUGAGAACGGCGAGGCCGCGGGCUCCCGGCGGGAGCGGGAGCGGGAGCAGGAGCGGGAGCGGGAGCCGGAGCUGGAGCGGGCCCUGACGUCCCACACCGUCGAGGUCUCGGCAGGCGGCUUCCACGGCAGGAAGGUCUCCCUGUGGGAGCUCCUCUUCUCCAAGUACGUCUCCGAGGCGAAGAGGCAGGAGCUGCUGGGGAAGGUCCGCGACGGCAGCCUGGCGCUGGACGAGCUGGCGAGGCUCCUCAGCGUCCUCAUCCAGGAGGCGGUGGAGCAGAGCAGCAAGGUGAAAUUCACAGGCCUCAGGCGGCAGGUGACCGCCUCGGACCUGCUGGACUCGGGCAUCAUCGACAAGGACACGCUGGCCGACCUCGUCCAGGGCUCCAAGACGGUGCAGCAGGUGACGGAAAUGGCCUCCGUCAAGCGCUACCUGGACGGCACGGGCUGCAUCGCCGGCGUGCUGGUGCCGUCCAAGGCCGACCCGGCCAAGAUGGAGAAGAUGAGCAUCUACCAGGCCAUGUGGAAGGGCAUCCUGAGGCAGGGCACGGCCCUGGUGCUGCUGGAGGCGCAGGCUGCCACCGGCUUCCUCGUCGACCCGCUCACCAACCAGAAGCUCUCUGUGGACGAGGCCGUCUCGUCCGGGCUGGUGGGCAGCGAGCUGCACGAGAAGCUCCUGUCGGCCGAGAGGGCCGUGACGGGCUACACCGACCCCUACACCGGCGACCAGAUCUCCCUCUUCCAGGCCAUGAAGAAGGAGCUCAUCGUCAAGGAGCACGGCAUCCGCCUGCUUGAGGCCCAGAUCGCCACCGGCGGCAUCAUCGACCCCGUGCACAGCCACCGCCUCCCCGUAGAAGCUGCCUACAAGCGCGGCUACUUUGACCAGGAGAUGAACCAGAUCCUCUCCGACCCCAGCGACGACACCAAAGGCUUCUUCGACCCCAACACACACGAGAACCUCACCUACAUGCAGCUCCUGCGACGCUGCGUGCCCGACCCGGACACGGGGCUGCUCAUGCUGCAGCUGAUGGACAAGGGCUCGGUGCUCUACCAGCUGACCGAGGACGCCCGCAAAGCCCUGCAGGCUGCCCGCACCACCGUCAGCGUGGGGCUCUUCCAGGGCCAGAGCGUCACCGUCUGGGAGCUCCUCUUCUCUCGCUACAUCCCCGACCACCGGCGCCAGGACCUCCUGCGGAAGUACAAGGCGGGGACGCUGGCCAUCUCCGAGAUGAUCACCCUCCUCACCGCCAUCAUCACCGGGGCCGAGGGACAGGGCCACGGCGCCGCCCUGGCCCGCAAGCCGACGCAGCGGGAGGCCCCACCGCCGGCUGAGAACGGCGAGGCCGCGGGCUCCCGGCGGGAGCGGGAGCGGGAGCAGGAGCGGGAGCGGGAGCUGGAGCUGGAGCGGGCCCUGACGUCCCACACCGUCGAGGUCUCGGCAGGCGGCUUCCACGGCAGGAAGGUCUCCCUGUGGGAGCUCCUCUUCUCCAAGUACGUCUCCGAGGCGAAGAGGCAGGAGCUGCUGGGGAAGGUCCGCGACGGCAGCCUGGCGCUGGACGAGCUGGCGAGGCUCCUCAGCGUCCUCAUCCAGGAGGCGGUGGAGCAGAGCAGCAAGGUGAAAUUCACAGGCCUCAGGCGGCAGGUGACCGCCUCGGACCUGCUGGACUCGGGCAUCAUCGACAAGGACACGCUGGCCGACCUCGUCCAGGGCUCCAAGACGGUGCAGCAGGUGACGGAAAUGGCCUCCGUCAAGCGCUACCUGGACGGCACGGGCUGCAUCGCCGGCGUGCUGGUGCCGUCCAAGGCCGACCCGGCCAAGAUGGAGAAGAUGAGCAUCUACCAGGCCAUGUGGAAGGGCAUCCUGAGGCAGGGCACAGCCCUGGUGCUGCUGGAGGCGCAGGCUGCCACCGGCUUCCUCGUCGACCCGCUCACCAACCAGAAGCUCUCUGUGGACGAGGCCGUCUCGUCCGGGCUGGUGGGCAGCGAGCUGCACGAGAAGCUCUUGUCGGCCGAGAGGGCCGUGACGGGCUACACCGACCCCUACACCGGCGACCAGAUCUCCCUCUUCCAGGCCAUGAAGAAGGAGCUCAUCGUCAAGGAGCACGGCAUCCGCCUGCUCGAGGCCCAGAUCGCCACCGGCGGCAUCAUCGACCCCGUGCACAGCCACCGCCUCCCCGUAGAAGCUGCCUACAAGCGCGGCUACUUUGACCAGGAGAUGAACCAGAUCCUCUCCGACCCCAGCGACGACACCAAAGGCUUCUUCGACCCCAACACACACGAGAACCUCACCUACAUGCAGCUCCUGCGACGCUGCGUGCCCGACCCGGACACGGGGCUGCUCAUGCUGCAGCUGAUGGACAAGGGCUCGGUGCUCUACCAGCUGACCGAGGACGCCCGCAAAGCCCUGCAGGCUGCCCGCACCACCGUCAGCGUGGGGCUCUUCCAGGGCCAGAGCGUCACCGUCUGGGAGCUCCUCUUCUCUCGCUACAUCCCCGACCACCGGCGCCAGGACCUCCUGCGGAAGUACAAGGCGGGGACGCUGGCCAUCUCCGAGAUGAUCACCCUCCUCACCGCCAUCAUCACCGGGGCCGAGGGACAGGGCCACGGCGCCGCCCUGGCCCGCAAGCCGACGCAGCGGGAGGCCCCACCGCCGGCUGAGAACGGCGAGGCCGCGGGCUCCCAGCGGGAGCGGGAGCGGGAGCAGGAGCGGGAGCGGGAGCUGGAGCUGGAGCGGGCCCUGACGUCCCACACCGUCGAGGUCUCGGCAGGCGGCUUCCACGGCAGGAAGGUCUCCCUGUGGGAGCUCCUCUUCUCCAAGUACGUCUCCGAGGCGAAGAGGCAGGAGCUGCUGGGGAAGGUCCGCGACGGCAGCCUGGCGCUGGACGAGCUGGCGAGGCUCCUCAGCGUCCUCAUCCAGGAGGCGGUGGAGCAGAGCAGCAAGGUGAAAUUCACAGGCCUCAGGCGGCAGGUGACCGCCUCGGACCUGCUGGACUCGGGCAUCAUCGACAAGGACACGCUGGCCGACCUCGUCCAGGGCUCCAAGACGGUGCAGCAGGUGACGGAAAUGGCCUCCGUCAAGCGCUACCUGGACGGCACGGGCUGCAUCGCCGGCGUGCUGGUGCCGUCCAAGGCCGACCCGGCCAAGAUGGAGAAGAUGAGCAUCUACCAGGCCAUGUGGAAGGGCAUCCUGAGGCAGGGCACGGCCCUGGUGCUGCUGGAGGCGCAGGCUGCCACCGGCUUCCUCGUCGACCCGCUCACCAACCAGAAGCUCUCUGUGGACGAGGCCGUCUCGUCCGGGCUGGUGGGCAGCGAGCUGCACGAGAAGCUCCUGUCGGCCGAGAGGGCCGUGACGGGCUACACCGACCCCUACACCGGCGACCAGAUCUCCCUCUUCCAGGCCAUGAAGAAGGAGCUCAUCGUCAAGGAGCACGGCAUCCGCCUGCUUGAGGCCCAGAUCGCCACCGGCGGCAUCAUCGACCCCAUCAACAGCCACCGCCUCCCCGUAGAAGCUGCCUACAAGCGCGGCUACUUUGACCAGGAGAUGAACCAGAUCCUCUCCGACCCCAGCGACGACACCAAAGGCUUCUUCGACCCCAACACACACGAGAACCUCACCUACAUGCAGCUCCUGCGACGCUGCGUGCCCGACCCGGACACGGGGCUGCUCAUGCUGCAGCUGAUGGACAAGGGCUCGGUGCUCUACCAGCUGACCGAGGACGCCCGCAAAGCCCUGCAGGCUGCCCGCACCACCGUCAGCGUGGGGCUCUUCCAGGGCCAGAGCGUCACCGUCUGGGAGCUCCUCUUCUCUCGCUACAUCCCCGACCACCGGCGCCAGGACCUCCUGCGGAAGUACAAGGCGGGGACGCUGGCCAUCUCCGAGAUGAUCACCCUCCUCACCGCCAUCAUCACCGGGGCCGAGGGACAGGGCCACGGCGCCGCCCUGGCCCGCAAGCCGACGCAGCGGGAGGCCCCACCGCCGGCUGAGAACGGCGAGGCCGCGGGCUCCCGGCGGGAGCGGGAGCGGGAGCGGGAGCAGGAGCGGGAGCGGGAGCUGGAGCUGGAGCGGGCCCUGACGUCCCACACCGUCGAGGUCUCGGCAGGCGGCUUCCACGGCAGGAAGGUCUCCCUGUGGGAGCUCCUCUUCUCCAAGUACGUCUCCGAGGCGAAGAGGCAGGAGCUGCUGGGGAAGGUCCGCGACGGCAGCCUGGCGCUGGACGAGCUGGCGAGGCUCCUCAGCGUCCUCAUCCAGGAGGCGGUGGAGCAGAGCAGCAAGGUGAAAUUCACAGGCCUCAGGCGGCAGGUGACCGCCUCGGACCUGCUGGACUCGGGCAUCAUCGACAAGGACACGCUGGCCGACCUCGUCCAGGGCUCCAAGACGGUGCAGCAGGUGACGGAAAUGGCCUCCGUCAAGCGCUACCUGGACGGCACGGGCUGCAUCGCCGGCGUGCUGGUGCCGUCCAAGGCCGACCCGGCCAAGAUGGAGAAGAUGAGCAUCUACCAGGCCAUGUGGAAGGGCAUCCUGAGGCAGGGCACGGCCCUGGUGCUGCUGGAGGCGCAGGCUGCCACCGGCUUCCUCGUUGACCCGCUCACCAACCAGAAGCUCUCUGUGGACGAGGCCGUCUCGUCCGGGCUGGUGGGCAGCGAGCUGCACGAGAAGCUCCUGUCGGCCGAGAGGGCCGUGACGGGCUACACCGACCCCUACACCGGCGACCAGAUCUCCCUCUUCCAGGCCAUGAAGAAGGAGCUCAUCGUCAAGGAGCACGGCAUCCGCCUGCUUGAGGCCCAGAUCGCCACCGGCGGCAUCAUCGACCCUGUGCACAGCCACCGCCUCCCCGUAGAAGCUGCCUACAAGCGCGGCUACUUUGACCAGGAGAUGAACCAGAUCCUCUCCGACCCCAGCGACGACACCAAAGGCUUCUUCGACCCCAACACACACGAGAACCUCACCUACAUGCAGCUCCUGCGACGCUGCGUGCCCGACCCGGACACGGGGCUGCUCAUGCUGCAGCUGAUGGACAAGGGCUCGGUGCUCUACCAGCUGACCGAGGACGCCCGCAAAGCCCUGCAGGCUGCCCGCACCACCGUCAGCGUGGGGCUCUUCCAGGGCCAGAGCGUCACCGUCUGGGAGCUCCUCUUCUCUCGCUACAUCCCCGACCACCGGCGCCAGGACCUCCUGCGGAAGUACAAGGCGGGGACGCUGGCCAUCUCCGAGAUGAUCACCCUCCUCACCGCCAUCAUCACCGGGGCCGAGGGACAGGGCCACGGCGCCGCCCUGGCCCGCAAGCCGACGCAGCGGGAGGCCCCACCGCCGGCUGAGAACGGCGAGGCCGCGGGCUCCCGGCGGGAGCGGGAGCGGGAGCAGGAGCGGGAGCGGGAGCUGGAGCUGGAGCGGGCCCUGACGUCCCACACCGUCGAGGUCUCGGCAGGCGGCUUCCACGGCAGGAAGGUCUCCCUGUGGGAGCUCCUCUUCUCCAAGUACGUCUCCGAGGCGAAGAGGCAGGAGCUGCUGGGGAAGGUCCGCGACGGCAGCCUGGCGCUGGACGAGCUGGCGAGGCUCCUCAGCGUCCUCAUCCAGGAGGCGGUGGAGCAGAGCAGCAAGGUGAAAUUCACAGGCCUCAGGCGGCAGGUGACCGCCUCGGACCUGCUGGACUCGGGCAUCAUCGACAAGGACACGCUGGCCGACCUCGUCCAGGGCUCCAAGACGGUGCAGCAGGUGACGGAAAUGGCCUCCGUCAAGCGCUACCUGGACGGCACGGGCUGCAUCGCCGGCGUGCUGGUGCCGUCCAAGGCCGACCCGGCCAAGAUGGAGAAGAUGAGCAUCUACCAGGCCAUGUGGAAGGGCAUCCUGAGGCAGGGCACGGCCCUGGUGCUGCUGGAGGCGCAGGCUGCCACCGGCUUCCUCGUCGACCCGCUCACCAACCAGAAGCUCUCUGUGGACGAGGCCGUCUCGUCCGGGCUGGUGGGCAGCGAGCUGCACGAGAAGCUCCUGUCGGCCGAGAGGGCCGUGACGGGCUACACCGACCCCUACACCGGCGACCAGAUCUCCCUCUUCCAGGCCAUGAAGAAGGAGCUCAUCGUCAAGGAGCACGGCAUCCGCCUGCUCGAGGCCCAGAUCGCCACCGGCGGCAUCAUCGACCCCGUGCACAGCCACCGCCUCCCCGUAGAAGCUGCCUACAAGCGCGGCUACUUUGACCAGGAGAUGAACCAGAUCCUCUCCGACCCCAGCGACGACACCAAAGGCUUCUUCGACCCCAACACACACGAGAACCUCACCUACAUGCAGCUCCUGCGACGCUGCGUGCCCGACCCAGACUCUAAUCUUUAUUUCCUUAAUGUUUUCUCUAGUUAAUCAUAAAACCCUUUACAUUUUUUUCUGUUCUAUUGCAUUGGUGAUGAAUUUUUUCGUUGUUGAGACUUGUUUUGCUGCUGGCAUUUUUGUCAUUUUUUUAUGUGUUCUUUUUCUUUUCUUAUUGUUUGUAGAGUAUUUCCUUCUUCUUCUCUUUCAUGUUUUGUAAUACGGCAGUUACAGGUUUUAGGUGAUUCAUCUGAGCAUUACAGUAUAGUGUUUUAAUCCAUUGUCUUCUAUAACCUAACUGGAAUUAAUGAAUCAGACUGUCUUAUGUCCAGCCAUUUUGGUGCAAGAUGUUGUACUUUUUCCUUUAUAUUUCUUUAAGUCUAAGGAUGUCUUUCACGUUUUAUGAACUGUAGUGAGAAUUGGAUUUUUAUUCCUUCUCUUGUCUGUAUCCUUACUUACGGGGAACAUUUUUUUUACUAUUAUACUUUUAAACUAUUGCCAUACUUUUAGUUUUGCAAGCCUGUCUCCUGCAUGGAGACCACAUUUCCAUGUAGGCAUGAUGUCAGGCCGAAGUUAGGUGUUACUGGGCUGGUAUACAUUAUCUGUGUUUGCUGUUACUGCCUCAGUCCAUCCAAUAUUUCUGGAGGCCUCUAGACCACAUAUACCCUUAACUGAGAGUGGUUUGGUCUCUCUCUGAUGUGUACAAUCAAAUCACUCAAGUUUUUUGCUUUCCCUGCCUUCAGUUGUCCAGCUCUCCUGAGAGCCUCUAUAGAGAGUUGUUUUGUGGGAUCCAUGCAAGAGCUGAGAAACAGUAGCAUAUGUUGUCAUUCUGUACUUCUAGCCAAAGCUGUCCCUGUAGGCAGCCAGCAGUAAGGGGAGCUGGUGGUACAGAAUCUGCUACCUCCAGCUGUUUCCUCCAGUACAUUUCUCAGCUCCUUUUGCCAUUCCGUGUCCUGAGUUGACUUUUCCUCCCUUCAGGUGCAGCCCAUGUGCAUGUUCCUGGAGUAGAGACAGCCUCUGGACCACUGUGCCAUACAGUUCAGUACUGAAUAAUUCUACUACUGCUUAAUAAAAGGAAACAUACAAACCUUAAA